AUGUCCUCACUGAUCAAUCCACAACCAAAAAGUCAACCAGAACAGCCGGUCCCCCUAGAAUUUUGCACACCCCGAACGUUAGUUCAGUUGCAUAUCCCUCGAUUUUUUCAGGAUGUUUUCCUUGAGAAGAAAUUGAGUCCCAAGGCCAUCCAAUAUCCUGGAGGUAGUCUACCCGCCAAGACAAGGGGACAAGGAAUCUCCAGCGCGUUGGAUCUGCAAGCUAUUGCGGAUGACCACAAGCUCUAUGAUAUCCCCGUGGGGCUCAUUGAGGUGGCUCCAGCGAAAGUGGGGAAUUUCAGGCUGGUGACGUUGAGGCCGAGAGCUUACCGCGCGAUGAUUUCCUUCUUUGGAAUAGGCCCCCAAAAGACAGACGCGGGAGCGUGUCUUUCUUCGCCAAGUCACUCGUACUAA